AGAGAGAGGGGUGUACCUUGUCAAGACCAUACACACGUAGGUAAACAAGACAUUCAUGAGCAGUGAACGUGUGUAUUAUUGAGAGAAACUCUACAGCCGGUGUUAUACGAACACAGAACCAUGCGUCUCCUCUACUUACUACUGACAGGCCUCGUAGUUCUCUGCAGGAUCGAAGCUCAAACUAAGACACCGAGAAUCUACUAUCUCCACAUCAAGUCCGAUAUCAGAUAUAGAUUUGCUACGACAGUCAUCACAAGUAAGGUUGUGAACCCUGACCUUAAGUCACAUGAAUCAACAUUUGACGUCACACUUCCCAACGAGGCAUUCAUCUCUAACUUCACCUUAACUGUAGGAACCGAGACGUAUGUCGGUAACGUCACGACAAAGGAGACGGCCCGAGAGGUGUAUGAAAAGGACAAGAGCCUAGGCAAAUCUGCGGCGCACAUCUCUGUCAAACCAAGGGAAACAAAUACGUUCAAUAUUCAAGUGAACGUGGCUGCAGAACAAAAAAUAACGUUUGAGCUACGUUACCAGGAAUUGCUACAACGGAAAUUGGGUUCCUACAAUCAGGUGAUCUAUGUGAAGCCCGGAGAACCCGUGGCGGACCUACGCAUUGAGGUGGACAUAGAAGAAUCAAGAAACAUAACUAAGCUGAGAGUUCCACCAAUCAAGAGUGACCUGUUCACAAUCAAAGAUCAGAAAGAUGCCGAUGAAGCCGUUAACAUAACACGUCCGUCUGACGAGCGUGCACAUAUCUUAUUUACACCAACCCUCAAUACACAGACAGCGCAAGGCGGUCCGAAUGGUCUGGAUUGUCAGUUCAAAGUCAAAUAUGACGUGGAUAGGAAAACCGACGGUGGCGACAUCCUGAUGGUGGAUGGAUAUUUCGUUCACUUUUUUGCUCCGAGUGGAAUUGAACCAAAACCAAAGGAUGUUGUUUUCAUCCUGGAUAAAAGUGGAUCUAUGCGCGGGAGAAAGAUGGCUCAGUUGAAGCAAGCUAUGUCCACUAUUUUGUCCCAGAUACCAAUCGAGGACAGAGUAAAUAUCUUAACAUUUAGUUCAGGUAUUCACCGAUGGGAAACUGUUGAAAAACUUAUUCCUGCAACUCCUGCCAAUAUCAAACGAGCAACAACUUAUGUCAACCAUGUGUCUGACGGCGGAGGUACAAACAUUGAGGGUGCUAUAAGAAGAGGGGUUGCCUUACUAGACGAACGGACAGACAAGACAAGAGCACCAGUUCUUAUAUUUCUUACUGAUGGAGAGCCUUCGGUAGGCGAGAGAAAUCCAGCCAUGAUACUGAAGAAUGUUAUUAAAUUCAACGAAGACAAAAUUCCCAUAUUCGCUCUUGCAUUUGGUAGAGGUGCCGAUUAUAAUUUCAUUAAAAAAUUGGCUGCCCAAAAUAAUGGCUUUGGACGAAAGAUCUACGAAGACUCCGAUGCUGCCAUUCAAAUCUCAGAAUUUUACUCGGAAAUGUCAGCAGUUCUUUUGCAAGACGUCACUUUUAAAUACCUGCCGGGUUCUGUAGAUGAAACAACAUUGACAAAAACGAUCGUUCCGAACUUCUUUGAAGGGUCCGAAAUUGUGGUAUGUGGAAGGAUAGCAAAUGAAGUGACGUAUGAUAUAAGGCCGAACGUCACUGCUACCGGUUUAAACGGGCCGGUCAGUCUUGAAGUUCCAACAGACGGUGAAGUGCAGCUCAACUUUACCCAAAAUACGGACAUUUACGCUGUCACAGAAAAGAUAUGGGCUUAUCUUACCAUUAAGCAAUGGUUACAGCAGAUGGACGCUUCAACAAAUGAGAUUGAACAACAAGAAUUAAAAAAGAAUGUUACAACAAUGGCGUUGAAGUACAACUUUGUGACUCCAUUUACAUCAAUGGUGGUAUCCUUGCCUGACAAGUUACAAUCGUCGCCAGUAGAUCUUCUCCCAGACAGUCCUGAAUCAGUUCCAGCACCGUUUCCUAGUUCAAGUUUCCAAAGUCGUUCAAUGGCCACAGCCUCAGGACCUCCAGGAGCUCUGUUUGCGCCACCAAUGUUUCAAAAAGUCGCCAGAAAAACUCGUCCAUCAAGCUUUAACCAGAAUAAGAUGGUAAGAUCCCAACCAGGCAUGUCUGCUCAAUUUGAUCCAUUGUCCAAUGGAGCUUCUCUUGGUUCCGUGCCAGCAGGUUCAUCUGGUAGUAUCGGUUUGCCACAGCCUAAUAUAAACAGUAAUCAAAUAGCAUCCGGAACCCUUGGGGUUACUGCGACAUCGAUGACUUUCCCUGGUACCACCUCACGUGGUCAAACCACAACACCAGCAAGCAGGAAUAACAUGAAAUCGACCAUACCAAGACAUGAAAGUACUUCCGGUUACACGCUGGUUGAUGUUAAGAAUGUCACACUACCUCUGUGUUUGGCGAACCCUAGUCAGGCGGACGAAACAAAGCGAUACACUCUAUUUCGGGAUUUAGACUCAGGUACUGUUGUAAGCGUUGGGUUCACCCACUCCCUGAAUGGACCAACGCGUAUUUCUUACCUGAAAAUUGAUGCCCAGACCGUGACUGAAUUAUUCCCUACACACUUGGUUGAGAAUGGAGUGAUACGAGAUUGGAUUUCCAACACAUUUUACACUAACGUGCAUGGAAGUCAACGGUCAGGGGUCAAGCUCGAGGUGACGUCACUUAACAACAACAGUCUCAUCGUUGACUUUGAUUAUACGGAAAAUGCAUCACAAAACAUCGACGGAUCGUUAGCUCUUCCAAUAAGCGGUGAAAUUAAUGACAACCCGAAACUGCCAAAUCACCAAAUGAAGGAACUUUCUCUGUUGGCUAAGAAGAUGGGAAGCUUACGUCAGAUGACAAUAACAGUGGAAUUUAGUAACCUAAUGAACUGUUGGCUUGUUCCAUCUACUCUCCUGUGGAAUUUGCAGCCAACUGUUUGAUAAGAUUGCUCACACUGUGUUUAGUGCUUGUCAUAAUGGUUCUAUUUAGAUAAUCCUUUAGCACAGUAUUAUAAGAAGCAGCUUAUACAAAUUAUUUGUGUUAUUAUCAACAUCAGUUCAAAUAAAGUACAGAAAGUUU